AAUCAUAUUACUAAUUGGAUAAAUUAUAUUGUUUUUUGACCUUUGACCAUAUUUUCAGUUCCAACUUUAUAAUUUCUACCAUAUUCGCUCAUAAGGACCUUUUGUAUUAUUAUCGCACUAGUUAUCAUUAAAUCCGUAAUAGACUCGUGCAACUGGUAACAUUAAACUACCAUUUGCUAAUAUUAUCAGCUAAUAUACUAAAAUGAACUAAAAUAAACUCUUGUAUCCGUUCUGAAAUCAAUAUAGAAAUAAAAUGCUGGCCCCAAAGUACCUGAAGGAGGCAAAUAAAACAUCAGAAGACAUAGAGCUCUUGGAUAAUGAUUCUGAUUCAAGUGAAGACAGCCAAAGCGAGGUAUCAUGGAUCGAAUGGUAUUGUAAUCUAAAGGGGAAUCAGUACUAUAUCCAAGUAGAUGAAGCGUUUAUUCGUGAUGAAUUCAAUUUAGUCGGUUUGCAAUACCAUGUAACGUGUUACACCCGUGCUUUACAACUUAUUUUGGAUCAUUGUGAUAAUGAUUAUUAUGACAAUGAAGAUGAAUAUGAUGAUGAAAGUAAUUCUGACAAGGGGAAGCAACAAGUUAUUGAUUCAUCUGCACAGCUCUUGUAUGGAUUAAUACACAGCAGAUUCAUAAUUACGAACAAGGGAAUGCAACUAAUGAUGUUGAAAUACAAAGAGAAAGUCUUUGGAACAUGCCCUAAUUUUAGCUGCGAAAAUACUGCUGUUUUACCAGUAGGACUUGUAGAUGCCCCUUCGCAGCACACUGCAAAAGUCUUUUGCCCAAAUUGUAAUGAAGUAUACCACCCUCCAAAAAAUAGCAGACUUGGAUAUAUUGAUGGUGCCUUUUAUGGAACUACAUUUGCACACCUCUUCCUCAUGGUUAAUGAAUCAAUUAUACCGAGAGGUCCAGCUUAUUAUUAUGUUCCAAAAGUCUAUGGCUACAGGAUUAGCCCCAAUAUUAAAGAGAAUUCAAAGGCGAUUGACCUCCAAGACUCCGUCACAGUAGAAGAUUCACAGGCACAACCUUCUUAA